CAAGAGAAAAAGGCCCCCUCCACCCCCCGGCCAUCCUCCAGCGUCCUCCUCGUCUCCCCCAACAACCAAGUCCUCCUCCUCCAGCGAGUCAAGCAGUCAUCAUCCUUCCCCUCAGCGCACGUCUUCCCCGGCGGCAACAUCUCCCCCUUCCACGACGGCCACCCUCCCACCCCGGAGUCCGUAGACCGGCAUACCGACAGCGAAAUUUACCGUCUAGCAGCGAUCCGGGAGACCUUUGAGGAAUCCGGCAUCCUCCUCGCCCGCAACAAUGGGUUUGGCCGGUUACUCGAAGUAUCCGAACCCGAGCGCGAGGAGGGCCGGCGUCUGGUCCACGAGAAUAAAAUCCAGUUUACGAAGUGGUUGGCGCAGAAGGGUGGGAGGGCUGACGUGGAGGGUCUGACGCCUUUUACCCGUUGGGUGACGCCGACGAAUGUGCCGAAGAGGUUCACCACGCAGAUGUACCUCUACUUCUUGCCCACGCUGACGGCGACGCCGCUUUCCGACUCCUCUUCCGCGGAUGGCGAUGGUGAGGGAGAGGAAGGGGUGCGGAUUCCGGUUCCGACGACCGAUGGCGGGCUCGAGCACACGACCGCUCGUUUCCUGCCCGCGUCCGUCUGGCUCCGCUUAGCACAAGAAGGCCGUAUUAUCCUCUUCCCGCCCCAGUUCUUCUUGCUGCAUCAGGUGGCGCAGCAUUUCGAUUCGUUACCCUCACCUACAGCUUACGGUCGUAUAUCCCGCUCACAGCUCCCGCGAGAGGAACUGGAAGCAAGGCGGAAACGGUUACUGGAGUUUGUGAAGACGACCGGCGAGCCAGUAUGGACGGAGAAGUGCAUCUCCCCCACCGUCAUGGCGCCGAGGGGUGGGAAGAGGAGAGAGGAUGGACGGGUGAUUUUGGGGUUGAAUCGUCCUGGUCCCGAGCUGGAGGCUGCGAAGACGGGGCGGAGGGGUGUUGGUGAGGAGUGUGUGCUGGUGGAGUUUCGGAAGGAAGGGCCGAGGAGGUUGGCGGUGAUAUCGAGAGAAGAGGCGAUUGGUGGGGGG